UCAUUCACAUAGUUUGAGUCAACAUUCAUGACAAACAGUUAAUUCCUAAUCAGUUGACAAUAAUAAAACGCAUGCAUUGAGUUGAAAUUUCUGAAACCAAAUCAGUGGUUAAAUUGUUAUGAAUCAAUGCUGACCAGUUAGUUCAUUGAAAAUGUUGAGGCAGAUCCAUAGAAGGUAUACGUUUCAGUUGAUAAUCAUGUUUUUCUGGUUCUACCCACUGAAGAUAUGUACCGGAUUGGACUGCGAAGAGUUUGCUGCAACUGAACAAAGUAGAAAUGAUUAUGAUUAUGAAUAUUACAACUCUUUUUCAUCUCCACCCAGAGUAAUAAAUAUAACAGUAGAAUGCUCAAGAGUCACAUUCCCAUUACCACGUAGAGUUCCCAAAUAUGAUUGUGAUGAUUGUCCUCUUGUUCUGAAAAUAGUAUUUUCGAAUAUUCCUGUAAUUCCUUCGGCAGCAUUUUCGAAUUAUCCUUCAACAUCAAUUCUUCAUAUGGAAAGACUUCAUAUAGAAAACCUGUUACCAGGUGCUUUCAACACUUUAUAUUCCCUCAAAGAAGUGUACCUUGGGGAAAAUAACAUAAUUGAGUUGAACCCCGGAAUUUUUAACUCCCUGUCGUUACUUGAAAUUUUGGAUGUAUCAAAAAAUAAACUGAAAGUUCUGGGACCUAGUUGUUUAACUGGAACAGUCAAUUUGAAAUCACUGAAUUUAUCUGUCAAUUCCUUGAUGAAUUUUGAUGAACUGGUUCUGGACAAGAAUAUCGUUGAACUCAAACAUAUAGAUUUGAGUUUCAACGAAAUAACAGGAAUCAAUAUUGAAAGUAUUCGACAUAAAAUUGUUAAUAUAGAUUUGAGUUGGAACAAAAUCACUAAAAUCGACUUUUGUAUCGCAGAAUUUGAGAGUAUAAGUAUCAGCAGAAAUCGGUUGAAGUCACUGGGAAAAAAUAAUUGUUCAAAUUCCUCCUCCAGAGUUAUUUAUUGUGAUUUGAGUUAUAAUCUCAUUUCUGAUUUGUUUCCAUAUACUUUUGAAUACGUAAAUAAACUCAAGAUAUUGAAUUUGGAACAUAACAAUAUAUCUUCUCUCCCGAUCGGAAUAUUUUCACAUAUGCCUGAUCUCAUAAAAUUGAAUCUAUCCAAUAACAACUUGAAACAGUUUCAUCACGGAACUUUCGAAAACUUACAGAAUCUACAAAUCUUAGACAUAUCAAAUAACAAAAUCACAGACGUAAAAAGGUACUUGCAUUCUUUGACGAAUAUGACUGAGUUGUAUAUUCAACAAAAUAAAUUAUUUCAUUUGGAUUCAGAACAAAUAAUCGCAGACUCACCGCAUGUAUCAAAAAUAUCUCUGGGUGGCAAUAACUUCACCUGUGACGAUCUCAUUGAAAUAAUACAUUACUUCAGAAGUAAAAGUGUUAUUGUUGCAUAUGGAAGCAUCAGAAACUCUUCCAACAUCCAAGGUAUUUCUUGUUUUGAUAACUCGAAUUUUCCUCCAGAGUUUUCACAAAACUCUGGUUCAAAUAUAGAAAAAAAUUUAUUGAAUAAAGUCCUGCCAAAUGAAGAUCAUAAAAGAACUAUCAUGUACGAUUACUUUAAUGAAGGUUUCAAGAACAGUAAUUUUUACAGGUAUUUAGAGUCCAUGAAAGAACAGAAAUUACUGAAAUUCAGUGAUUCAGAAAUCUAUUCUUUUUUCAACAAAGACUUCGAAAACUCCAAGUUUUACAGAUAUCUUGAAAACAUGAAAAAUUUUGAGAAUUUCACUGUUGAACUUGAAGGUGUUUAUAAUUACUUCGAUAAAGACUUCAAAAAUAGUGGUUUUGUUAAAUAUCUGGAGAACCUAAAACCAGAUAAUAAUAUGUCGGAUGGAGAGAUUUCAGAUAAUGUGAUGAAAUGGAAAUACUGUGAAGAUUUACUGAAAAAAAAGUCACAGGAAUACCUACUGGGUAUCGAAGUGAACCGGUUAAUUUUUAACCGGUCAAAAUAUAUUUAUGACGAGGAAAUUGAUCCGAAUGACGGGAAGAUAGAAGUCAUAAAAAUGUUGUUAAUAAUAAUGGUGGUCAUUCUGAUAGUAAUAGCAAUUAGUUUGAUCAAUUUGACGUAUUUUGUCUUCGUUGCAUCGAAUAAAAGAAAAACCACUAUAGAACAAGUUGAACUUCUCAAUGCCUAAUAGUUAAAAUGUUAAAAUGGUUGCCUUAUAUAUUCAGAGAGAAUGAAUCUUGUAAAUGAAAUGUCAGUUGAAAACAUGUAUGCCUACAAAAACUGGUUGAAAAAGAGUCUUGAGAACCUAAAUCAAAUUCAGUACAACAUAUAUAUUUCUUUACAAAGAGUUUCUGACAUCAUGAGUUAUUACCAUUUAUCAUUCCGAAUUUCAAAUUUGUUAUGAUGACGUUUUCAGAAGGAACUAGGUCCCUAAGAGAAUUUCAUUUAUAGUAUUUGAUUUGUUUUGUUAUAUUGCUUUGUGUAGCGUUCCUGUGAAUGAUAUGUUAUUCAAUUGAAUAUUCACAAUAUUCAUGUGCUUGAAAAUAGUUUUUCCGGAUGGACGUUUUGUACAAUUUGUAUCUUAUAUAAUUUGCGAACCAUUUUUGUGAAAAGUAUAUGAUGAAGUUUAAAAUAAAUUGAACUGAACAUUUA